AUGGGGCGGCCGAAGCAGAAGAAGGCGCAGCUGAAGCGCGCCACGCGGAAGCCCAGGCGCGCGGCUUACGAAGGCAAUCCGCCGCUGCUACUGGGCGGGGAAGACGAGCGCGCGGUGGGGGAUGACGGCGGCGGCAGCAACGCGCUCGUCAUUGCGUCCGCUGCGUCGUGCGCACGCGGCGGCAGCCGCCCCGACGAGCUCGGCGAGCGAAUGGCAGGGACGGGAGCUGAGCUGGUGUCCGGCACGGAUGUGGUGGCUGACGUGGUAGCUGACGUGGCACUGGACAACGAUGAGCUGGAGCUGGUGGACGACCGCAAGAAGCGGCGCAACAGCAAGCGCGUGCAGCGCAAGCUGCGUCGCAUCCAGGAGGAGAAGGAGAAGAAGAUAAAGCGCAAGCAAGCCAUCCAACUGCUGCAGCAGCAUGAGGCAUCGUCCACCGCACUGCACCUCAUGGCACCCAGCAGCACGCUGGGACAGGUGGCCCGCCCACUCUUUCCAUCACCCUCCCCCUUCCUGCACACCACACCAUCUCUGCCAGCCUCUCUCCUGCACGCUCCCCCCUACCCGCCUUUCCCCCUCUUCCCGGCCGCCCUACCCGCCUUUCCCCCUCUUCCCGGCCGCCCUACCCGCCUUUCCCCCUCUUCCCGGCCGCCCUACCCGCCUUUCCCCCUCUUCCCGGCCGCCCUACCCGCCUUUCCCCCUCUUCCUGGCCGCCCUACCCGCCUUUCCCCCUCUUGCUGGCCGCCCUACCCGCCUUUCCCCCUCUUCCUGGCCGCCCUACCCGCCUUUCCCCCUCUUGCCGGCCGCCCUACCCGCCUUUCCCCCUCUUGCUGGCCGCCCUACCCGCCUUUCCCCCUCUUGCUGGCCGCCCUACCCGCCUUUCCCCCUCUUCCUGGCCGCCCUACCCGCCUUUCCCCCUCUUCCUGGCCGCCCUGCCCGCCUUUCCCCCUCUUCCCGGCCGCCCUACCCGCCUUUCCCCCUCUUCCCGGCCGCCCUACCCGCCUUUCCCCCUCUUCCCGGCCUCCCUACCCGCCUUUCCCCCUCUUCCUGGCCUCCCUACCCGCCUUUCCCCCUCUUCCUGGCCGCCCUACCCGCCUUUCCCCCUCUUCCCGGCCGCCCUACCCGCCUUUCCCCCUCUUCCCGGCCGCCCUACCCGCCUUUCCCCCUCUUCCUGGCCGCCCUACCCGCCUUUCCCCCUCUUCCUGGCCGCCCUACCCGCCUUUCCCCCUCUUCCUGGCCGCCCUACCCGCCGUUCCCCUUCUUCCUGCCCGCCCUACCCGCCGUUCCCCCUCUUCCCGGCCGCCCUACCCGCCUUUCCCCCUCUUCCCGGCCGCCCUACCCGCCUUUCCCCCUCUUCCCGGCCGCCCUACCCGCCUUUCCCCCUCUUCCCGGCCGCCCUACCCGCCUUUCCCCCUCUUCCCGGCCGCCCUACCCGCCUUUCCCCCUCUUCCUGGCCGCCCUACCCGCCUUUCCCCCUCUUCCUGGCCGCCCUACCCGCCUUUCCCCCUCUUCCCGGCCGCCCUACCCGCCUUUCCCCCUCUUCCCGGCCGCCCUACCCGCCUUUCCCCCUCUUCCCGGCCGCCCUACCCGCCUUUCCCCUCUUCCUGGCCGCCCUACCCGCCUUUCCCCCUCUUCCCGGCCGCCCUACCCGCCUUUCCCCCUCUUCCUGGCCGCCCUACCCGCCUUUCCCCCUCUUCCCGGCUGCCCUACCCGCCUUUCCCCCUCUUCCUGGCCGCCCUACCCGCCUUUCCCCCUCUUCCUGGCCGCCCUACCCGCCUUUCCCCCUCUUCCCGGCCGCCCUACCCGCCUUUCCCCCUCUUCCCGGCCUCCCUACCCGCCUUUCCCCCUCUUCCUGGCCGCCCUACCCGCCUUUCCCCCUCUUCCGGCCGCCCUACCCGCCUUUCCCCCUCUUCCCGGCCGCCCUACCCGCCUUUCCCCCUCUUCCUGGCCGCCCUACCCGCCUUUCCCCCUCUUCCUGGCCGCCCUACCCGCCUUUCCCCCUCUUCCUGGCCGCCCUACCCGCCGUUCCCCUUCUUCCUGCCCGCCCUACCCGCCGUUCCCCCUCUUCCCGGCCGCCCUACCCGCCUUUCCCCCUCUUCCCGGCCGCCCUACCCGCCUUUCCCCCUCUUCCCGGCCGCCCUACCCGCCUUUCCCCCUCUUCCCGGCCGCCCUACCCGCCUUUCCCCCUCUUCCCGGCCGCCCUACCCGCCUUUCCCCCUCUUCCCGGCCGCCCUACCCGCCUUUCCCCCUCUUCCUGGCCGCCCUACCCGCCUUUCCCCCUCUUCCUGGCCGCCCUACCCGCCUUUCCCCCUCUUCCCGGCCGCCCUACCCGCCUUUCCCCCUCUUCCCGGCCGCCCUACCCGCCUUUCCCCCUCUUCCCGGCCGCCCUACCCGCCUUUCCCCCUCUUCCUGGCCGCCCUACCCGCCUUUCCCCCUCUUCCCGGCCGCCCUACCCGCCUUUCCCCCUCUUCCUGGCCGCCCUACCCGCCUUUCCCCCUCUUCCCGGCUGCCCUACCCGCCUUUCCCCCUCUUCCUGGCCGCCCUACCCGCCUUUCCCCCUCUUCCUGGCCGCCCUACCCGCCUUUCCCCCUCUUCCCGGCCGCCCUACCCGCCUUUCCCCCUCUUCCCGGCCGCCCUACCCGCCUUUCCCCCUCUUCCCGGCCGCCCUACCCGCCUUUCCCCCUCUUCCCGGCCGCCCUACCCGCCUUUCCCCCUCUUCCCGGCCGCCCUACCCGCCUUUCCCCCUCUUCCUGGCCGCCCUACCCGCCUUUCCCCCUCUUCCCGGCCGCCCUACCCGCCUUUCCCCCUCUUCCUGGCCGCCCUAACCGCCUUUCCCCCUCUUCCCGGCUGCCCUACCCGCCUUUCCCCCUCUUCCUGGCCGCCCUACCCGCCUUUCCCCCUCUUCCUGGCCGCCCUACCCGCCUUUCCCCCUCUUCCCGGCCGCCCUACCCGCCUUUCCCCCUCUUCCCGGCCGCCCUACCCGCCUUUCCCCCUCUUCCCGGCCGCCCUACCCGCCUUUCCCCCUCUUCCUGGCCGCCCUACCCGCCUUUCCCCCUCUUCCUGGCCGCCCUACCCGCCUUUCCCCCUCUUCCCGGCCGCCCUACCCGCCUUUCCCCCUCUUCCUGGCCGCCCUACCCGCCUUUCCCCCUCUUCCUGGCCGCCCUACCCGCCUUUCCCCCUCUUCCCGGCCGCCCUACCCGCCUUUCCCCCUCUUCCCGGCCGCCCUACCCGCCUUUCCCCCUCUUCCCGGCCGCCCUACCCGCCUUUCCCCCUCUUCCCGGCCGCCCUACCCGCCUUUCCCCCUCUUCCCGGCCGCCCUACCCGCCUUUCCCCCUCUUACCGGCCGCCCUACCCGCCUUUCCCCCUCUUCCCGGCCGCCCUACCCGCCUUUCCCCCUCUUCCCGGCUGCCCUACCCGCCUUUCCCCCUCUUCCUGGCCGCCCUACCCGCCUUUCCCCUUCUUCCUGCCCGCCCUACCCGCCUCUGGUCACCUCCCUUUUUCCGCUGCUGCCAGACUCCCUCUGCCGCCCACCAGAAUGGCAGCAGCACGCACAAGGUGCGGCAUGCUCUAGGGUUUGUGCAAGCGGGUUUGUCACACCCUGCACCUACCCCUCCCCGCUUCACGAACCCGUCUACUACCCACCAGGGUGGCAGCAGCAAGCAGAAGGUGCAGUAUGCCAAGGCUUUCAUGAAAGUAUGGGCUGACCCCUCCCACUGGUGGGUUCUGGGAAUUCUUAAAAACACCCUUCCAAUUUCCCCUCUCCCCCCCACCGCCACCCUCCCAGGGUGGCAGCAGCAAUCAGAUUGUGCAGCGUGCCAAGGCGUUUGUAGAAGCAGGGCUGAUCCCUCCUCUACUCCCCUCCUCCCUCCUCCCUCGUUCCACCUCUUUCCGCCCUGGCCGCCUCCCCUACACUCCCUUACCCCCUCCCAGGGUGGCAGCAGCAAGCAGAAGGUGCAGCGCGCCAAGGCGUUUGUAGAAGCAGGGCUGACCCCCCCUGCUGCCCUGCAGGCUCUGCUGCUGCGGGAGAGACGGGCAGGAGGGCGAGGGGCGGGGAGUGACGAGGGGAGUGAUGAUGAUGAUGAGGAGAGUGAGGAUGAGAGGGUUGAAGGGUUGUUGGCGUGGAAGGAUGAGAGGGAGAGGGCGGGGAGUUGGGGAGGUGAGGGGGACGAAAGGGGGGUGGGUGAGAAGAGAGAAGGAGCAGGGGUGGGAGGAGAGGAAGGGAUGGGAGGGGCAGGCGAGGGAGGAAAGAGUGUGGAGGUGGAGGUGGAGAUGAAGGAGACGGCUACAGAGGGCACGGGAGAUGGGGAGGAUGCGUGCAAAGUAAGGGAGACGGGAGGGAAGAGGGAUGCUAUCAGGGAGAGCAGUGGGAUGGAGGGAGAUGGAGAGGAGGAAAGCAGAGAGGAGGGAGAGGUUAGUGAUAGCGAUGACGGGGAGGAGGGAGAGGACGAGGGGAAGGAACACGGUGAAGAGUUGGGGGACGAGGGAAUGGUGGAGAGGCAGGAGUUGGUGGGCGGACGAGAAGGGCAGAGAAUGGAGGAGGACGAAGCUGCCAGGAGGGAAGAGAAUGCCAAGGAUGACGUCAUCAGGGCAGAGGGAGGGGAGCAGCUGCAGGCAGCAGAGAGCAACAGAGCAGCCGUGGAGGCAGAGCAGGGAAAGCAGCAAGGAAAGAACAUGGAAGGGAAGGCGGAGCAGGGAGGGGAGGGUGGUGGGAAGGCGAAACAGGGAGCGCAGGCGGAGCAGAGGGGGGGGAAGCUGUGGGUGCGGGUGCAGCGGCGGGAGGAGAUAGAGGCGCAGCGGGCGGGGCUGCCGGUGGUGGCGAUGGAGGGCGAGGUGAUGGAGGCGGUGGGGAGCAGCAAUGCCGUGCUGGUGUGCGGCGAGACAGGGUCAGGGAAGACGACACAAGUGCCACAGUUUCUCUACGAGGCGGGGUACGGCUCGUCCCUCCCAGGGGGUGUGCCCGGCAUGAUCGCCGUGACUCAGCCACGAAGGGUGGCAGUGCUGGCCACGGCCAAGCGCAUAGCCGAUGAGAUGGGCGUCACAGUGGGCAAGGAGGUCGGCUACCAGGUGCGGUACGACCGCCACGUGGCGGGCGGCACGGCCAUUAAGAUCAUGACAGAUGGCAUCCUGCUACGGGAGGUGCAGGCAGACCUGCUGCUGCGGCAGUACAGCGCGGUGAUUCUAGACGAGGCGCAUGAGAGGAGCGUCAACACCGACAUCCUUGUUGGGCUGCUCUCCCGCAUCGUGCCCCUCCGCCAGGCAUGUAGAGAUGUAAUCCUAAACGGGGCGCAUGAGAGGAGUGCUAAUACCGACAUCCUCGUUGGGCUGCUCUCCAGCAUCGUGUCGCUCCGCCAUGCAUAUUGA